AUGUACACUGCGCCCUCUGCGUUCGAAACGGUUAAUGUUAUGGCCAGCGCCCCGCCGCAAACUCCUGCUACGGCGUACAGUGUCCAGAAUGCAAGUGCGAUAUAUCUACACAUCCAUGAGAUCUCAAGCAAGCGGAUACAGACUCUAGAUUAUUUACGAAAGGCGCAUGAAGGCCGAGUCUAUUGGUUCAAUACUAUCCAUUUCACCAGGGCUGAUAUUUCCCGUUUACCGUAUUUUGAGAGGCGGAAAUUGGCCCGUCGAGCUAUCAACUAUCUUUUGCUAGGACUAUCCGUCCCGCCGAUUUUGGACAUCAGCUCGAACCCGUUUGAGUAUCUCCGCUCGUUAAAUGCACUCCUCAUCGAGUUCGAAGCGUUCCAGCAAAUACACCCUGCCGAUGGCGGUUCUGCGUCAUCGCUUGCACGAGCACGUAUCCCACAAAUGUUUAAACGAUCAACGCAUACUGGGCCCAAAGCUAGAAGAGCGAGUUCAGCAACUGAAAUAGGGCUACCCAUGCAGUCAAGCGAUCAAUCCGAUCUGAAGGCAAUGACAGGAAAUAUCGCAUCUACCACGAAUGCUGCCUCUACGGUGGCGUCCUUUCCAUCCAAUUCUGAGGCCUCUGAUCUUCUUCCCGGAGAAGAAUAUACCUACCUGUUGACACCCACGUUACCUUUCGACCCCGAUUUUUUCGAAACAUUUGCUACCCUGUGUGAUGUGCUCAUUGACUGUUAUAAUAGAUUGAUGACUUUAGUGCCGAGUCCGUCGGUCUGUACAGGCGCACUGGGCGAAAUGUUCGCAAAGGCAGAUUCACGAUUGCGGAAGGUGAUAAUGUCGAGUGUUGUGCGCGAAUUUGAAGAUGCCAGUCGAAGUAGCGUAAAGAGCGAGGUUGCAGGAGUAGGCCGAGUGGUCUUAGGAGGGCUUUUAGGUUAA